UCAUAAAUUGUUGAAUUAAAAGAAUGCAGCACAACAGCAUUGAUGUAGUGACCUAUGAUGACGUGCAUGUGAACUUCACUCCGGAAGAGUGGGCUUUGCUGGAUCCUUCUCAGAAGAGUCUCUACAAAGAUGUGAUGUUGGAGACCUAUAGGAAUCUCACAUGUAUAGGCUGCAUUUGGGAAGAUCAUACUGUUGGUGAACAUUUUCCAAGUACUAGAAGACAUGGAAGGCAUGAAAGAAUUUGUACUGGAGAGCAACCCUCUGAGAUUACUCAUUGUGGCAAAGCUUUUGCAUAUCAGAGUCAUACUCAAACGCAUGAAAGAACUCAUAGUGGAGAGAAACCCUAUAAAUGUAACCACUGUGGUAAAGCCUUUGCCGGAAGCAGUGGCCUCGAAUAUCAUAAAAGAACACAUACAGGAAAGAAACCCUAUGAAUGUAAUGAAUGUGGUAAAGCCUUUACAGCAAGCAGUGUUUUCCAAUAUCAUAAAAGAACACAUACAGGAGAGAAACCCUAUGAAUGUAACCAAUGUGGUAAAAUCUUUGCAGCAAGCAGUGGUCUCGAAUAUCAUAAAAGAACACAUACAGGAGAAAAACCCUAUGAAUGUAAUCAAUGUGGUAAAGCCUUUACAGGAAGGAGUGGUCUCGAAUAUCAUAAAAGAACACAUUCAGGAGCGAAACCCUAUGAAUGUAACCAAUGUGGUAUAGCCUUUGCAGGAAGCUGUGACCACGAAAAAAUUAAAGAAACACAUACAGGAGAGAAACUCUAUGAAUGUAACCAAUGUGGUAAAUUCUUUGCAGCAAGCAGUGGUCUCAAAUAUCAUAAAAGAACACAUACAGGAGAGAAACUCUAUGAAUGUAACCAAUGUGGUAAAGCCUUUACAGGAAGGAGUGGUCUCGAAUAUCAUAAAAGAACACAUUCAGGAGAGAAACCCUAUGAAUGUAACCAAUGUGGUAAAUUCUUUGCAGCAAGCAGUGGUCUCAAAUAUCAUAAAAGAACACAUACUGGAGAGAAACCCUAUGAAUGUAACCAAUGUGGUAAAGCCUUUACAGGAAGAAGUGUUCUCCAAUAUCAUAAAAGAACACAUACAGGAGAGAAACCCUAUAAAUGUAGCCAAUGUGGUAAAGCCUUUGCACAAAGCAGUGGUCUCCAAUAUCAUAAAAGAACACAUUCAGGAGAGAAACCCUAUGAAUGUAACCAAUGUGGUAAAGCCUUUGCAGGAAGCCGUGUUCUCCAAUAUCAUAAAAGAACACAUACAGGAGAGAAACCCUACGAAUGUAGCCAAUGUGGUAAAGCCUUUGCACAAAGCAGUCGUCUCAAAAUUCAUAAACGAACACAUUCAGGAGAAAAACUCUAUGAAUGUAACCAAUGUGGUAAAACCUAUGCUGGGAGUAGUAGUCUUGAAUAUCAUAAAAGAACACAUACAGGAAAGAAAUCCUAUAAAUGUAACCAAUGUGGUAAAGCCUUUGCAGGAAGCACGGGUCUCAAAUAUCAUAAAAGAACACAUUCAGGAGAGAAACCCUAUAAACGUAACGGAUGUAGUAAAGUCUUUGCACAAAGGAGUAAUCUCCAAAGAUAUAAACAAACAGACACAGUAGAAAAGCCCUAUGAAUAUAACCAAUGUUGUAAAGCCUUUGCAGGAAGCAGUGACAUCCAGAAACUUAAAGAAAUGCAUACAGGAGAGAAAUCCUAUGAAUGUAACCAAUGUGGUAAAGCCUUUGCAGCAAGCAGUGGUCUCAAAUAUCAUAAAAGAACACAUACAGGAGAGAAACCCUAUGAAUGUGCUCCAUGUGUUAAGGCUUUGAAGUAAGGUGUCACCUCCAAAAACAUAAAUGAACAUAUACAAGAACAAAUCCUUAUUAAUGUAAUGAAUCUAAAACUUUUUUACAAAUCAAUAUUUUAAUAUGCAAAGAACACAUAUUUGAGAGAAACCCUUUGAGUGUAUUCAAUGUGGUAAAGCGUUUUCACGAAGCAGUGGUCACUAAAGUCAUAAAAGGACACAUACAAGAGAGCAGUUUUUGAAUGUGAGCAAUGUGGUUUUAAACCUUUGUCACAAAACAGUGUCCUCCAAAUAUAUAAAGGAACUUAUACUGAAGAGAAACCCUGUUUGUAUCAUCAAUGUUCUGAAAUUCUUCUAUGUCCCAAUCAUCUUCAAAUACAUAAAAGGACAUGUACUGGAGAGAAAUCCUCUGAAUGUAACUAAUGUGGUAAAUCCUGUGCACAAAAGAGUCAUCUCCUAGUACAUCAAAGGAUACACACUGAAGAGAAAUCCUAUGAAUAUAAGCAAUGUGGUAAACUUUUUCCAAGUCACAGUUCUCUCCAGGUAAAUAAAGAAGACACACUCAGGAGAAAUUCUCUAAACGUCAUCAACAGGAUAAAGCCUUUUUCCUUGCAAUUCCCUUCAAGUACAUAAAAGAAGACAUACAGGUGAGAAUGUAAGCAGUGUGGUAAAGCUUUGAUAUGUCAGUCAUAUUCAGAGGCACAAAAGAAACCAUAAUGUAGAGGAAUUCUGUGAGUGUAUUUAAUAUACUGAAGCACAUUUCUAUAGUUGUCAUCACCAUGAAACAAUCCAUGCUGCGUAGAAAUUUAUGAAUACAUCUAAUAUUGUGAAUCCUUUUCAGAUUUCUCGUUUUCAUCAGCAUGAAAGAAAAACCUUAUGAAUGCACUAUAUGAGGAAGGCUUUAUACAUUUUUAUGGUCUUCAUCAUCAUGAAAGUACUCAUAAUGGAGAGAAAGUCUAUGAGUGUAAACGAUGUGGUAGAGCCUUUCUGGUGUGGGGUCCUCUCAGAUCCAACACCACUCAGUCUCAGGUAAUGCAGGUGACAGGAGUUUAUGUUAAUAAAGCUGCUGCUGGAUCAUGACAUACUUGGAACAUAAUGUGUGACUUGUAACACACAUUUUCCCACUGUGAGCCAUAGUGUUAUAGAGCUGUCAUCCUACAGUCCAAAACGCUGGCCCACAAUUAAUUCUGUCUGAAAGAACUGCGGCAACAAAACCGGAGAAGAGCCUGAGCAAAAGGAGGUUCAGUGAUAUGACCAAAUUUCAAUCCAUCUCAAUGGGUGCCCUCAGGUCUGAUACUAUUUCUGAUGCUAUAGUCUACGUACAAACAGAGGCCUGUCAUGACUGACUCCUAACAGGCCCAAUAAGCAGCUGAGACAAUGAGAUGCAGAUGUUUCUACCAAAUCAAUGGACAGAAACUGGUAAUCCCUGUGGUUGAGUUAGGGGAAAGCUGGAAAAAGUUGAGGAGGAGUGCGACCCAGUAGAAACACCAUCAGUCUGAACUAACCUGUACCCCUGGCAUCUCUCAGACACUAAGCCACCAACAAGGUAGCAUAAACCACCUGAUAUACAGUAGAGGACUACUGGGUCUGGACUCAGUCAGAGUACAUAUGCGUGAUACUCCAGAAACGUGGGACCCCAGGGAGUGAGGAGGUCUGGUGUGGGGGUUGUGCAUGGGUCUCCCCUUCUUGGAGACUGAGGGAGGAAGAGUAGGAUGAGGAAGAGUUAGGGGUGGCCAGGAGGGGUAUAAAAUCUGGAUUGUAAAAAAUGAUUGAACAAUAAAUGAAAAGACAAAAAAUUAUAAAAGAAAAAGAAGGCUGCUUAUUGAAUCUUUCUAUACCAUUGGUGAUUUUGUGUUCCUGGAACAAGGACAUGCUAUUAUGGGAAAGAAGACCUAUAUAUGUGCUAGUAGGAAAAAAAAGGCUUUUGAUCCCUUCCAGUGUGAUAUGGGUCAGAUAUGACAGCAGAUGUCCCCCCGAUAAUUUAACUAAAGGAAAAAAAAAAUUUCAGAAAAUCAAACAAGCAGGAAACAUGAUUUCCUGAUUCCUCCAUAAAAAGUCUCUACAUAAAACUUCAGAUAAAAGUAGACAAUUCAUGUUGUUGUUUAUGGAACACUUAAGAUUCAACAUGCCAUCAUUACUAUGGCAUGAAUGAAGAUUUAUUACGAUUACUUACUGGUCAAAUUAACUUUUAAAAGGAUAGUUUUCUUGUACCUGCUCAGAUCAGAAGCAAAAUUUGAUCCUUAAGUAAACUGUGCACCUUGCACAAUCCAUAGGAAUAUCUUAAUAGUACUGAAAUCCUAGUUGUAAGAUUCAUAUAUUGCAGAAUGUCCCCCUUUUGACAAGAUUCAUUGUUGGGGAUGCUGAGAUGACCUGUUGAUGCAGCUACCUGCCUCCUGAUGCUGGAAGAAAUUGGUGAAAUAUUUUGGAUUUCCUCUAAUGCUACUUGUUUUAAAUCAGUUCCCAAAUUGUCCAAGAACCAUGCAUUUGUGAUGAUGUGCAUUCUAUUCUCAGCUGGUUCUAAUUGGUAGACUUGCACAGCCACCAUCAGGGAGCAGGAAAUUAACCAGUUACUAAUAUGCCCAAUAUCUGCCUAUCAGUCAUUUUUCAAUAAACAAGAAAAUUUCCACAUUGGAAAGAAAUGCUACCAAUGAAAUUAAUGUGAUAAGGCCUUUUUUGCAACACAGUUAUCCACACCUACAUAGCACAUACUGGACUGGAGACUUAUGAAUAAGCAAUUGGUAAAUCAUUUGCAUGUAACUAUAUUUUCAAGUACCGUGAGAAAGGCUAUGCUGCAGAUGAACCCGUAUUUGAAGGCAGUGUGGGAACAUUUUGCAGUUUAAUUUCUUUUAUCUAAGAGUAAUAUGUUUAGUGUAUAAUCAGUCUUAACUCUUUGCACGUCACAGUAUUCUUUGAGAACAUAAGGCACCACUCAGAAGGGCAUCAGUAACCAUAAAGGAUUUGGUAAGAUCUAUAGCCAACACACAAAGUUCUUUAUUAGGAAAAAAUGUGUCAACAGUCUAUUCAAGGUGUAUAAUGUGAUGUUCUUCUCUAUUUUGUUUGAAAUUGUAAUCUUACUUCUCUCCAAUUACAUAAAAUUUUCCAACCAAGUGUCAAACUUUAUAACUGUGUAUUAAUGUGUUUCCUGUUGCUGUGCUAAAACCCAAUAUCUAAAGCGACUUAUAAAAGAAUUUAAUUUGGCAUAUGGCUUUGGUGGGGUAUGAUUUCACAUGAGAUGUAGCAACACAACUGUUACAAGUUCCCUUCAGAUGUUGUGAUUUGUUAUGUAUCAUGACUUGGAUGUCAGUCAUUACUCAAGGAUAUAUUGUAUCUCUUGAUCUUCAUGGUUCAGCCUAUUGAAUACAAAUUAUAGCAUAGUAGAUGCACCCCAAUAUUUUCUGUUUUGUUAGCAUAUCUCAACAAUGUUAAUGUUAAACUGCUUAAUAGAA